UUUCGGAAUUUCAAAAUUGUAGUGUCUCCUGGAAAUGAAUCACCAAAAUCAGCACCCAACACAGUACAGCAACAAUCGGAUAACAUAGCAAUUAAUGAUCAUGCUUCACCAAUUCGUUCUGGAAAUCAGUCACCACAAGCCGAUACACUCUUAGAUGAUGGGCUCUUAGAUGAUGCACUCGGAUCUGCAUUAUCAGAUCCGAGUCCAUCAUCUAAGAGUGGUGUACAUAGUGAGGUAUCAUCAUCAGAUGUAAGUGAUCAGGAUUCAUCUGAAGAUCAAGAAUCUGAUACAAAACGGACUGUCACUACCAAAUUAAAUGAAUGUGAUGUUAUUGGAAACGCCAUUAAUGAUACAAUUGAUGAGUUUUUGUAA